UUUGUGUUUCUGCUGUGAAGGAAACUUCAGCAUCCUCUUCAGUCAUCUUUCUUUUCUCUGCUUUAUGUUCUUUUCCUCUUUUCGGGGCUGAUGUCUGAGUGUUAUUGUCACUUUUGUUGUUGUUUGUAUCUGUUUUGAUAUUUUCCUUUGGUUUGGGUUCUUCCACAGUUUCAGCUUUUUUGACUUCCUCCUCUGACUUCUCCUCUUGGCGGUAUUUAUUCUUACAUUUCCUCUUAUUUUUCAUUUUGUUUUUCCACUGUUGUCUGCUCAGUCUCUCUGUGUCCUCUGCUGUAUCUACAUUUGCUUUGACUGCCUUUCCAUCUUCUUCACCCUUUGUUUCACCCGCACAGGUGUUUUCUACCUUCUGGUCCCCUAAAGCAGAGAUAAGUUACAGUCAAUUUCAAUGAACGUCAUCACUUUUCAGAGCGAAUUCAAUUUUCUACAAACCCUUUUAAUGAAGCAGCUUUAACCCUUUAAUACUCACCAAAUUUAUUGUCUUUUCUCCUCUUUUUUGUCAAAGUCUUCUCUUCUACUGAAGUCUGAUCUAAGUCUCCGUUUUCAAACUGCCCCGUCGUCUCUGCUUGCUUUCUCUUCUUUCUUGGCUUCUUCUUUUUCUUCUUCUUCUUGCUGGGUGACAGGGCUGCGUCCGUCUCACUGUCACUGUCCUGCUGAUGUUCAUCCCUCUUCCACUCUGGCAAUGAUCCCAGCGUCUGCAGAGUCCGCAUCAGGCUCUUCUUACCGACGGCCCUGGGCUGAGAAGGGAAAUUAAUUCAGGUUAUUAAGAAGCAAAAGAUUUUAAGGGGAUUUUGUUCAACAUGUUAUGGUGUUAUACUAUUUAUCUAUGUCUUUCUUAGGGUUAAAUUUCUGUACAAAUCAGACUUGGAAACAACUUUGUGUUUAGUGAAUAAGCUGGAAAAAGUAGCAGAUUAUUAAUUUAUUCAAAAAGUAGCAGAAGCAGAGAAAAAUAACCCCCUAGUAAGUGCAAAUUACAAUAAAAAUCAAUGUAAAAGAUAAUGGGGAAAUAAUUAAAAAUUGCUGUUACUCAUUAUGCAAAAUAUCUGCUGUGAAUGUUAUGCCUUGUACAACUCGGUCAUUAUAUAACCUCCAAUUCAGUAAACUCUGGACCUGACUGAUCAUAUAAAACAAAAUAAAAAACUUCAUUUAAAAAGAACUUUUGGUUUAAGAUGAGGUUGAGUUGAUGUAAAACACUCUUUUUACAGAAAUUGAAUAAAAGUGAGUGUCUAUAGAAGGAUAAAAGGAAACAGUCGAGAAGAUACAAGAAACUCUAAAGUCCACCAAAGUUCAGGUUACUUUACAUCAGUGGUUCUCAACUGGUGGGUCCCGACACAAAAGUGGGUCGCAGACACGUUCUGGAUGGGUCACGAGAGCAGGUCAAAAAAGUUAAUAUUUAAUGCGAUAUUUAUUAGAUGUUUGAUAUUUUCUGUAACUUCAGUAGGUGUCGUCCUCAUGUUUUCCCCUUCAUGUGCUCUGAAAUGCACUUUAUUCAAUAAAACAUGUGGAUUUAUGUUACAGAUUAGAGUCUUUAAAGGUUUUUUUUCUUUAUAAAAAAUAAAUGUGCUUGAUUUGAAUUCUAUAAAAGUGGGUCACGACUUCAGGGCCAUGGGAAAAUGUGGGUCCCAGAGUGAGACCAGUUGAGAACCACUGCUUUACACCAAUGUAUGACACCCACCGUGGGUCAUCACAGCCUCAGUAUCUCCGAUAUGAACACAGUUUUCAUGAGACACUCCUGGAGUCCACUCCUACCUUCACACCUGAGCUGCUGCUGUUCUCAGGUUUCUGCUCCUUCCUGAGGACAGUUUUACUCAGGACCCGAGCCCCUUCUUCAUCACUCCACUCUUCCUCUUCAACAAACAUGUUUCUUCGAGGACUUCAAGAAACGAAACACUCAAAUCAAUCACUGCUGCAGAACACACAGACCCCAAUCACUGUGAUAAUAGUUUCUCUAUCUACGAGAUUAUUCGGUUACUUACCGCUUCUUCGGACCUCAGACGGUUUCUUUGAUUGCUGUCGAUAUUUCUGAAUAAUGUUUAUCUCAUAAAAGUCUCAUUAUAUUUGACAAAGUGAGAUUAUUUCAAAAACCAGAGAAAAGCCACGUUGAUUUGUCGCAUGUGCGCGAAGGAAGCAAAACAGAACGACUGGUGCAUAUUGAUGACGUAAGGAAAACACAGACUUGUGGGAAAUGAAGUUUUCUGUAUGUGUCGUUGAGCUAGUGGGUCCGGAUCACUUUUAUUACAACUUUGGAUAGGAGAAUAAUAUUUAUGUUUAUAUAUAAUUAUUUGGAACCAUAUGAUUUUUUUUGUUGAUUAUUUUACUUUAUCAGGAGUUUGAUUUUGUUAUUUUUAUCAUCUGUGUAGUACGGUGGCCAAGAACAGCCACUGCUGCAAAUAAAAAAGAAUGCAAAAAAAAAAAAAAAAAAAAAAAACCCAGAAGUUACAGGUGAAAAAAAAUGAAACCAAAGCCCGCUGCAAAAAAAAAAAAAAAAAAAGUGGAGAUUUGAUUUUUUUUAAAAAGCCACAACGGAACUAAAUGAUGCAAAAAAAUUUAAUUUUACUUUAUCAGUAGUUUGAUUUUGUUAUUUUUAUUGUCUCUGUACACGUUAAAACAAUUCAAUGUGUAUCUCCAAAAUUGAUCAAAAAUGUCUUCGAGUAACACGUAUUCUCAAUUCUAAAUAGUAAUGAUUGAUAUCAUUUUUCUGACAUAGUGCCCAAACACUGUUCUUGUUUUUUUCCCUGUCUUUAAAACUAACACGGGUGAAAACCCCAGGAAAUACCUGGGUAGGACAUACCCCAGUAUGUCAAAAAAACACUACAUUUUCAGACUACUUUCACUACAGUAAAAAGUCUUUAUGUGUUCUCUUUUACUAAUGCUUUGCUGAUAAUAAAAAAUAAAAAUGCCUCUUGAAUCUCUGUCAAAACUCCCUUUCCUUCAGGGCAUGUUUAUAAUCCCUCUGUCAACCUGUGCUGAUGUUUAUAAAAAGUAUGACCUGAGGCUGUGAAUAUUCAUCAUGACUGUAAUUCUCCCUGCUGCCUGUGGGGGGCGGGGCGCUCUCUGACUCUCCUGAACGUGACCACGUAAUAAUGUACGGAGGCCGGUGGUAGUGGUGAGGGUGUGGACGUCCCACUCUGUUCAAUCUACCAAUCUACACUGCUAACAACUUCUGCUGCCUUUAACCGCGUUAAACCGCAACGGACGAAUAUACACGGUAAGUUUAUUGGUAAACGGGCAAAAUUACUGACGAUUUGUGCGGAUAAUUGAACAUUUAUCUCCUCAGAGCGAGCGUUUAGAGUCAAGUGAGCCCACGGAGUCAGGACAGUUGGUUAGCUUGUUAGCUUAACCUGCCUGUUGGUUCUCUGACGAUGUCUGCUUUGGAGGCUUAUUAAAACGAUUUCACCUGUGGUAGUGUAAUAAAUGUGGACUAUAUCGAGUUACACUGAUAAACACGUAAAUUAGCCAUUAAAAGAAGAGCUCUGUCCCUCCCUCUGUUUUAGCAGUAGAGCUCGUCUUAAAGCUGGAGAAACAGGAGGUUGAUCAUGGUGAACUCAUUACUGUGGGACCAGGUUUGAGUCCAAAACUGAGAUCCUCUGUCUUUAUCUGUGUCAGUUUUAACUCAUAAAGUUGUUCCUUAUUUUACUAAAUGAUCAGAAAGUUCCAGUGGUGUGAAUGUGUCAUUCAGACUGGGAUGUCUCUGUAUCCAUCGCUAAUAAUUAUGUUUCGAAUACUUCUGUGAUUUAAUAAUCGGUUGAACAUGGUGAAAACAAUAUUUUUAUUGCUUAUUUUGUCAGAUCAUGAUGAUCUGAAAACCAAACAUUCAAUUCAGGGCUGCAAAACAUACAAAUAAAAAUGGGCUAUAUGAUGACACUGUUCUGUAUUAUGAUAUCAAUAAAUACUGCGGUUAAUAAAUGAGUAUAAAAUAGUCCACAUUAGCAAAAGUUUCUACUGUCUGUCUGCUUUUCGUCACGGUUCACACAACAUCUGUGUUUCCUAAAGAUGCAUCUACAAAGCCCUGAUUGUUUACCAGAAAGAGUUUCAUAAUUUAUUGUGAUUAGAGGAUUUUUCUAUUUCUAUUUCCUAUUUUUAAAAUGGGAACAGUACAUAUUGAUGAACAUUUACAUGUAAAUAUGUGGGAUUAAGGCCAAAUGGCUAAUUUCCAUCCCCAGUCCCAUUGGCAGGUUGAUGUUCAACAUAAAAGCAAUAAUGUUAAAAGUACAAACAACAUGACUAAGACAGUAGAACAAUGCACUGACAACAUACACAUAAUAUACAUAAACAACAUACACAGACCAAAAACCAAGUGACCAAUAGUAAGGAGACCAAAGAGAUUAAAAGAGAAUUGUAAAGUGCUAUAGUGUCAUCUGCUAAAGGUGUUUAAAGUGCCGUUUGCUACAGUACAGCUUGUUAAAGUGAGGAGUGCAUAAGUGCGAAAUUACAUUGAAUUGGACGAUGCCCAUAGCACACGAUUGCAGUAGCUGAUGUGUGUGACUAAAAUUGCACAUAGUUUGUAUACAGUAAAUGUAUUAUGUAUACCCUUUAGUAACAAAUUUGCAUACAUGAAUGAGAAUAUGUACGUCAGAACAAAUUAAGAGUGGUACCCUAAAGCAAUUAGCCAAUUAGACAUGACAAAUGAUUUCAGACAUGAUUAUGAUGGCAGGUCUGUUUGUCCAACAGUCAUGACUUGAGAUGUUUAGUAAAAGAAGUGAGGGUUGGGAGUUCACGUAUGGUUGGUACUAGGUAUUUGGUUCCAGGAUUGUGAUGCACGAAAGGAGAAUACAGCUUUUGAGUUUUUGAGACCACAGAUCACCUUGUCAACCUGGGCUUGAGACACAGUAUACAGUAGUAUAUUUGCUAAGUUAUUAAUGCAAAUGCCCAUAUUGAGGUAUUUUGCAGCCCUUAUUUAAACUUUAAAACCCCAAUGAGUAAAGAUAUAACAACAGAUGUAAUCUCACCUGCAGAGUGAAGAAAAUACAUAAAUUGCCAUGUGCUGAAAAUAUUUAUCCACCCUGGUGUUCUGGGUACUUUUCAUGACCAAGUGUUGUGAGUCACCACGCUGUCAACUUCCCACACAUACGCCUAAGUUUGAUACGAUUACUCAACGUUGAAGCUGCUCAGCUUCCUUGUUUUAUACUGUUCAUACAGAAUCAUUACAGAGAAGAAUAUGUCUGUGUGGAGGUCAGACGUAUUAAAAUGUGUCCUCACAAGAACUCUUUUUUUAUCUGUCCUCUUUUUCAGGUGUUGUGUGAACCUGUCUGAUCGUGUCCCUUGUCCCAUAUGAGGGACUGAUGCUGACCAGGACCCUGCUGAACCCUUUGGGUCACCUCUCCCAUCUAUCCCAGUUCGGUUCCUUGUCUGCUCCCCCAGCAGUUACACCACAGUAAGAGAAGAAAGUAGCCGUCAUGGAUGAUAUCUUCACCCAGUGCCGGGAAGGCAAUGCAGUAGCAGUCCGCCUGUGGUUGGACAAUACAGAGAACGAUCUCAAUCAAGGGUGAGCAAAGAUUAAUAUGUAUCUUUUAUUUAGGAUGUCACUAGUUUCCUCAAUUCACUUGCAGAAAUAAGAAUAGUGUGUGAGAUUGAACCGCUAAUUACUGCUGUUGCACAAUUUGCUGUAAUCUGCAAGACUUGCUGCAACAUGAAUUUAUGAUGCUGAGUAGAGUGCAGCAGAAUUUCAGCUGAAUAUCUCCUUCACUGCAGUAUCAUCGCCUGCCCUGAGUAUUGCUGUGUGAAGCUAAGUUUCUGGCGCAGGCACAGAGCCCGCCUUUUAAGUCCCCAGCGAGAUCUUGGCCUGUGACUGAACCCAUUUCCUUGUGGGCGCAUGUUUAUGUCCCGCAUGCCAGCGGAGUAACUCGAAAACGUGAUGCCGGGCAGGAAAUCUGCAGUGAUGGUCAAGUUAGUCAUGCUUGUAGCUGAUGCUGUGAUUGAAUACAAGAAAAAAAACAUGUAUUUAGAAAAUACUGGAGGCUUCUUUAAGAGUUGAGAUGUUUGAUAUACAAAAUAACUGUCGGGUAAUUAAGGCUCAUCAGUCAGCUUCCUUAUCCUCAUCUGACUCUGUGAGAAAAACUUUGGCAAAGCUUACCAAUGAAGUCGUAGGAACCACCACUGACACUUCAUUUGUGGAUCUACUUGUCCGGGAUCCAGACCACCUCUGUUUGUUUUCACUGCAAACAUUGAGGGACUGAAUUAAUAAUGACUGUGUAUCUUGGGGCUGCUCGCUCUGUUUUUAUUCCUGUGUUUUAGUUUAUUUACGGUGAGAUCGUUCAUCACAUUAACAUCGGGUCGGAUUGUUUUUAGAACUGUUAUUGAUUUGUUUGCAGUGAGGGCAGUUGAAAUGCAGAGUGCAAGUGAGGAUGUGGCUGCUUUCCCACAGCGUUCUCAUCCAGGAGCCUGUUUCUCCAGAUCACUGCUUUUGAAUCAACGCUGAUUGGAAAUCAACAUGAAAAUGUCGACGCAGUUUCCCGUCAGCUUUCUCUUUUUUUGUGCAGAAAUGAGAGGAAGUCUGGCGGCCUCUCUGUUCGUGUGGACCACAGCUUUGUUUAUGCUUCUGUUUUUCUUUAUUUGCUUGAAUUUCCUCGUUGUUGUUAGACUGAAUGAUUGCACUGGGCCAUUGUGGAUCCAUGCGCUCUUACAUGUGACUCAUCCAUUACCUGAUUACAUGUCAAGUCCCCUUUUCCUGGUGAUAAAUCUUCCUAUAGUGGGGGUGAAACACAACUCUCUCUACCUCUUCAUUUCUCUACAAAGCUGCUAAUUCUUCCCUCGCCGUAUAUCAGCUCAUCAAAUCGGCCCUGUAAUACCGUUGAGCUCCUGGAUGAUAAAAUGUUUACACUGAUGUGACUCCCUGACAUAGAGUAGUGGAGGAAUGCUGAAUCUCCUUACAAGGAGUAACACGGAGGCCCCAAGGGAUCCAUCUACCACCUACCAAAACUCACAGAGAGGGGGGAGGUGGUUAUUGUAGCAGGGCAGGACUUAAAGAGUUAUGUGUGACGAGACAGAGAAUCUUUGUGUGUGUGUGUGUGUGCGGGCUUUAUAGUGCAUUUUUUCACCAGAGAAAUGGAGCACAUCACCUUCCCCUCCCCUCUUUCAUGCCUCCGGUAUUCCUCUCCCAGCGGUAUUAGAUAGCUCCACUCAUUUCCGCCCAACAUUUCCUCCAACUUUAGAAGAGUUAAUCACAAAAAUGUUUACAGUUUGCUCAUUAUCUGAUCGUUUAACUUAAUAUAUGUGAACUAACGGUUCCAGGACUGAGUGAGCGCUUAUGAUUACCAUUUCUGUAGAAGCUCCCUCUCGAGGAAGAAAGUAUCUCUGAAGUGUGUGUACAGAUUUGAUUGCUAACUACAUCAAUAAUAUAAGAAGCAGUCUAACCUGUGACUCUGUUGUGGUGACUGUCGAUUUUAUGAAGUGGUUUUCGAGGCCUGUUGAAGCAGGUCGUCACAGUUUUAGAGGAAGAACAGGCAUCGAAAAUGUUAACCACAUUCGACAGAGGUCUGAUGCAGCGCGUUCACAGUAUGAAACGGUCAUUGGACACGGAGUACGGUGGCGGUUUGUAAGCCUAGCGAUGUACAAACCUCAGAGGAAAACAAAGAUGACUGAGAGGAGGUGAUAUUCUGAGCUGAACUGAAGUCUGCUUUAUUCACUUUGACUUUAUAUUUAAAGAUAUUUGAAGGCUACAUCCUCAGAGAGAUAACUUACACAGUUGGAUCUUUAAUUUUUAACUAAUUCUUCUAUGGUCAGCUGAGUUCGUUCAGCUCUGAUGUUCUCCUUUGUGUGUUACAGACAGGGCUGAGAUUAUUGUUGGGUCGAAGCAUGCUUCAUUGAUGAAAAUGUUGGACUGGGAUCUUCCUCUCAGCUCUUUGGUCCCCCUGACCCUGAUCUUUUAUUUAUCAUAUUGAGUAUCUGCCAAAACAGAGUUCUGAAUCAAUCCGAAACUUGAAACUCUCAUACAGUCGGUUUUUCAUGCCCUCCUGAACGGAUUCUUGAAAUGGGUGUGCUGUGCGCGCAACACUGCACGUCUGUUUCACCCAUCGGAUCACAACAUCAGCUGACCUGGAUCACCUUUAAUGAAGUGGAGGUUUAAAGUGGCAUGAAACAAAUGUCAGAGCUUUACAUGUCUGCUGUGAAACUAACAGACUCAUCGUGUUUUUAAUCACCUUGUAUAUUUGUACAAACUUUAGUGUACAGCUCUUUUCUUUUCACAUACUAUACACAUUAUGUAGUACGACAUAAAGGAUUGAUUGACUUAAAUGAAGCGACAGAAUAAAGAAAAGAACAUGCCUCCAGAGUUGAAGUAUUACACCAUAAACAGCUGCGUUUACAGACAGAGAUGGAUUUACCACAUUCAAACAAAGUGAUAUGAAACCUUUUAUUUCCUCUUCGGUGUCUGGAUCUGUGUUUCAUCUGUUCGAGGUGUCUGUGAGUCUGUUUCCCUGAUCCGAGCCUUGUUAUAUGACCUGGUGGGGAUGUCGCAGCAGAGACAUACAGGGUGCAGACAGGGCUCUUCCUCUGGCUUUUCCGUCUGCCAAACUGAGCACUGUUGGCAGGUGGAAGUGCCUGAAAUAAAUUACCACAGCCUGUGUGGAGGGGCUGAGCAGGAGAAAACCCUGGCACUCAAGUGCCUUUGGGUUGUGGGGAUGAAGCCAGCUUAAAGGGGAAAUCUAUCCUAUAAAAAGAGCCGCCGAAUAGAAAUACACACAGGAACCAGAGGGCCGGGCCUCACUGAAGAGAAAGUGGAGGAUUCUCUACAGAUAUAUGCAAAUUGGUGUGUUUUUUUGGAGGGGGCUGUAAUUAUUUAUCAGUUAAAUGCUAAUUUGGGCUUUCAGAUAUUGAAUAAAGUAAAACUCAACAAUGUGCCACUUAUUCAAAGUUCUCAAUGAUUGUUAACAAAGGCCUCAGAAAGAGAAAGACUGAGAGCCUAACUGCUCAGCAAAUAGAGUUCAGGUUUUCUACUGCACAUCAUUCAGGCUACAUCCUUUUUCUCUUUGGAGGAAACACGAUCAACGAGUAAAACCCCGAAUAAAACAGUCACACAAUAAAAACGUCUCUAAUCUUACUCAAGUGGCCACAGACUAAACAUCUGAAGAGGCUGCAAACCAAGCAGCUGUAAGUGUCAGUUCAGCUUGUUUUAAGAUGCAGAACUGUUAUUUCUUUUUUGUCGGUCAUGAACAGGAACUAAAUUAUCUGCUAAAAUAAUCAAAUCCUGUAGAAAGACAAAAGUUAGCAACUUCAACAUCUAAGCCUGGUUUGUGCAAAGCUCUGGAUCUUUAUUUAGGGCUGCAAAAUGAGCUUACACUCCAAUUACAACUUUUUUACGUCUGCUAAGAUACCGAUAUUAUAGCCUUCAGUAUCGUCCGUAUCGUACUGAUAUUGAUCCGAUAUUGGCACGAACUUCUGCAUGACAAGUUUUAGACUCAGCUGCAAUGUCUUUUCGGACUUUAACAUAAAAUACUGUCACACAGCCGACAUCACUCCUACUCUUUGCCACUUUGUUAGUACCUUAGUACACACUGUUGUUGUAAUCAUGUGGGCUCUUCAUGCUGGAUCCGGGUGCUGCUGGCUAGAGAUGCUGGAGUGGAGUCAAGAAUGGACUGCUUUUAUCGGAGUGCUGAUAUCUGAGAUUUUAGAUGCAGGUCGAUAUCGGUCCAAUAUUUGUUUUUGGCUGAUAUCGGAACGAUAUCUGAUAUCAAUAUCGUAUCGAGACAACCUUAACUCCAAUAGCUCAACUCUUUGCUGGUAACUGUGAGACUUCUGGAGUUGAGAAAAGCACGAUGAAAGCAGGUUUGUGGAUACACACUCAGGCUUUGAGAAAUUCAGCCCUUGACUUCAUGAGCCCCGAGCUUAUCACAGGAAACUAAUAGAAUAUCAUAGAAGUGAGUCUGUGGGGAGGGUUUUUCUCUCUUAAACUCUGACUAAUUAGUUUGUAGGAUUUGGCCUCUUGGUCUCGGAGGAAAUUGCUCACAGAGCAGAUGUAGCGUGGCUGCAGCAGGUCACCCAGAUGCACAGAUGGAUGUGUGUUGUGGGACUGAGGGUCUCUGUGAGGCUCUUGAAUCUGUUCGGAGCUGAAUUCUGCAGGAAGUGUAAAUACAGGCCAGUGAAUUGAUGGUGGGGGGGCAGGGGGGUCAGAUUCCUGCAGAAUCAUAAUACUCCCUCAGUUCUCAGAUCGCAUUAUUAUUCUGUCAGCCUACACAUAAUUUCAGAGCAAGUGCAUAACUUUAUUAGCAGGAGGAUUGUGCCGUGUCUCGGCACAAACAAUAAAUGGUAAAGCGUCUGGAAAGUGUCUGGAACGUAAGAGUGUAUCUUUGUUACCGAGCAGCUGCUUCAAUGGAAAAGAAAGGGGAAAAGAUGGAAUUGAAUAAGACAGUGUGGGAGUGGAAAGACUCAGACAAGGGAGGAAACUUUGUAAAAGAGGAGGAGGAGGUGACCGUGACCGGAGAGGCAGAAAAAUGAAGAAUGACACAAUCACACACAGCAGCUGGAGCGUCUGCACGCUGCAGGAAGUCUCACUGCUCCUUAUAAGGACUGCACUGAACGCUUGGCGUGCCGUAUCUUCUUAUCCUCUUCCUGAUUGACUCCGUGUCACUCAGCACUCGCCGGGUCUUUAUCUCUUUUCUCUGCGGGCGUAUGUCAUCAUUCACUCUGCCAUGUAAUCCAGGCUACUGUCCUACAUGUGUCGCUGCCACUGUCACAGAAACCUGGAGGAAUGAUGAGCACCAGAAGCCUGAGAGCUGCUGAAUCAACUUCCUUUUUUUACAGGAAGACGACAUGAGCUCCUCAACUCAAAGAGAAAACAAACUAAAUCUAAUCGUUUCAGAUAAAUAUGCUCAAGUGCAAGUUUAUUAGCUCGGUUAUUAGGUUGUCUGAGAAAAGAAGAAAAGAAGUUCUGGGCCGUAAUGAAGGUCUGACUCGGUUUGUAUUGAUCCCCUCCAGAGAUUUAUCGAUACAUCUUUACGAUGAUUCUGUUCGCAGUGCUCUUUAGCUGAUUGAGCACAACUGAGCAGCAUCAUAACUAUGAAUGCCAGAACCAAAACAGACAAAUUGAAACAACAUGAAUUUUUUAUACUGACCAUUAAAGGUGGAGCGAAGUCUACAGAGCUGAAAUCAGACCAUAAAAUGAGGAACAAGUUUCCUAGAUGGUUGUAAACAGAGCACUGCAGGAGCAACAUCAUGGCUGACUGUAAACUUACAAACAGGGUUUUAAAAUGACCCUACAGCAGCACAAAGACAUGAUAAAGUGGGGACAGAUGAUAGAAACAAAGAGCAGUGUGGGACUUAGAAGGAGAGCAGGACCCCAGUGUUACAUAUCUGCUGUUCAGACACGAUCCAUGACGAGCAGAAAAUCCUGCUGAGGUGAUGGUUACGUGGUUAAACCUGUUUAUUGGCGUAUGCUGGGAAUGACUCUCAGGUAGGGCUGGGCGAUAUGACCUCAAAUCAAUAUUACAAUAUAUUGAUCAGUUCACCUUGAUAACAAUAAAUGGGCAAUAACUACUCCACAAGCUGCUCACCCCCUCCCACAUUAACUUUGUCUACUUCAGCCGCUACAACUUUUGAACCGUCCUCCAUCUCCUCACCUGUCUUUCCCUCUUUGUUACAGACUGGAUGGGGUGGAGUCACGUCUCUGAUGUAGGACAGCGUCUUAAAGAGACACGAGACUAUAGCCUACCUACACACAUCCAAAACAAACUUUUAUUUACUUAUUUAUUUGACACCUAGUAUACCGAUAUAGGCAAAAUGACGUUGAUUAUUGUUGUAAAUUUUGGUAUCUGUAAAUUUUCGGUUCAUCGCCCAGCCCUACAUCAGACUGUGAUGAAAUCUGAUUUCUUCAUCAGACGUUGACUCUCUAACGUGGGCAGCACAUGUCAGUCAGCCCUGCCCAAAUGACCACUGUGCUUUUCUCUGAGUGCCCCUUUACUCGGUUUGAGUGGUAUUUUGACCGUCAAAGCAAAACACAAAUGUUCCUAAAAAACACCCCCCCAGUCUGUACCUCUUGGCCUUCACCCAAGCCCACCACAGAGUUGUUUGUAAAGAAGAACCAAAUGUGCUCAACUGUGGGGGUAAAGUUGCUGCGUAACUGUUUUCUGCUUUUAAAAAAUCAACCACCAUUCCUGUGCGUCCUUUAGUUAUUUGAAGCUCUUGCUGUGUUGGAGGUUUUUGGUGGAACAUGUGCUGAAUAUGAACGCUCUUCUCCUUCUGCAGAGAUGACCACGGCUUCAGCCCUCUUCACUGGGCGUGCAGGGAGGGCCGCUCCACCGUGGUGGACAUGCUCAUCAUGAGAGGGGCCCGCAUCAACGUCAUGAACCGUGGCGACGACACACCUCUGCACCUUGCAGCCAGCCAUGGGCAUAAAGACAUCGUGGGAAAGGUAGGGGACGUGUAAACGAUGAUGGAUGAACCCAGAAGUGCUGGAAGAGAUUUGGUCUAGUUUAAGGAGCAUUAUGUGACUCAUCAGGGAAACUUUCUCUGAUGAACGAUAUAAGCUUUCUCCUUGAACAAAACUCUCUUUCUGUUUCUGUGAUAAAUCUUGUACUGUGUGUCGAAUCCGUCUCCAUAGAAAAUACAUAAAAAAAUCGAAUCCUGAUCUAUGAAACUGAUACCAAACCCUUUGCACGAUCUCACCGCCCAAAAUCAUGAUGUAUCUCCUCCAGUUUGCUUCAUAAAAACAGGAUGUUAUGAAACUGAGACGAUGACACCGUGCAGCGAUGAUGAACACAGAGGUCUUGUCAGUUCUUGCAGUUUGAUCCUGAAGGGAGUGCUCAGCAAUUUGUCAGAGUUGAGGGAAAAAAGAAUAAGUUGAGUUCCUGCUGCACACGACCGCAGCUGCUAGGGGAGACCCAGAAACAUGAGUUUAAAAGAUUAUUCAUCAUACACACUCCUCCUCUAGAUGCUGUUGGAAGAUUUCCUAAAGGGGGUUACACAAAAGGACAAGUAUACAGUCUGCAAUCUUAAUCUGUGGUCACUUGACAUUAUAUAUCUCAAAAUGACUUUUACAGUUGACUAUUUAAAGGCGCGUGUGGGUGGAAGCAGUAGUUUUUAUUCGGUUAGUAUCCGGAAACAUAACUGCAGGAUGUCAAUUUUUUCUUUUUAGAUGCAGCACAUACGUACACCGUGUUUAAUUUAGAGGCUUAAUUUCCAUCAAUUGUCUCUAGGUUUUAAAAAGAAGCAGCUCUGUUUUUUUUUUUAACAAACACAGUGACCCACAGGAUUAAAAUGUUUGUCAGUAUGAAUAACUUCUAUUCUCUGCAGAGAUACAGGAACAUUUAGUUUUGAAAGUGUAUCAUUUGGCAUCAGAGCUUCAGGGUGUUUGAUUUAGAGUGACUGCCAGGCAGCUUUUCAGUUUAAUAUUAGGCAUGUCUCAAUACCUCUGGUAUGUGUCCACAGGCGAGAUGAACCUCCAUGAUUUUUGUUGGCAGCAGUAAAACUCGUCCGUGUUUGCAGCCCAAACAAGACCUGAGCAGCUUUGUUUAUCAUCUAAUCUUCUCCUGUUUCUGCUUCUCUUUUAGCUGAUCCAGUGCAAAGCAGACACCAAUGCAGCCAAUGAACACGGAAACACUCCACUGCAUUACGCCUGCUUCUGGGGACAAGACCAAGUGGCUGAGGUCAGUGUGCCCCCUGGUGGUCUUGAGCUUCACUUUGUCUGUCUUGUUGUGCAUUUCCUGUUACAUAAAGCAUCAAAAUGUUGCUGACACCAGACUUUACUUGAACUCAGGACCUUGUGACUAACGGGGCUCAGGUUAGCAUCUGCAACAAAUAUGGGGAGACCCCCAUGGACAAAGCCAAACCUCACCUGCGUGAACUCCUCAGAGGUAUCCAGACAAAACCGUUUCAUCCAAAUUCUCAAUCAUCGUCUUUCCGAUCAUUUUCUCACCGCAUUAUCUCUGUCCCUUCACCGCACAGACAAAGCGGAGAAAAUGGGACAGAACUUGACUAAAAUCCCCUUCAAGGACACAUUCUGGAAAGGGACCACCAGAACCAGACCCCGUGAGUUUUACACACAUACACCAGUUUAUUAGCGGACCAGUUUCCAUCGGUCGGUUUGGUCUGAGCACUGCAUGAAAGUUUCCACCUUGGCGCCGGUCUCACCAGUCUUUAUGUGGUGUUUGAAAUUUCCUCCACUUUUCCGUCUGCGCAGCAUUGAAGUGAAUGUCACAUAAAUAAUGAAGCUUUUGUCUGAGCUGUACCUUGUCACUCACGUGUCUUUAAACUUAUAUUUUCAGGUAAUGGCACACUGAACAAACACGCAGGCAUCGACUAUAAACAGCUCUCUCUCCUGGCUAAAAUAAAUGAGAACCAGUCUGGAGAGGUACUGUAUCUACCUGUUUCCACUCUUUUACGUUUGAGUAGGUCUGCUGAUUUUCUCUCUAAACUUUGAAAACAUUUUCCGUUUUCUCCAGUUGUGGCAGGGCCGCUGGCAAGGAAAUGAAAUCGUUGUGAAGGUGUUAAAAGUUCGUGACUGGACCACGAGAAAAAGCAGAGACUUCAACGAGGAGUAUCCCAAACUCAGGUUAUCAUUUAAUCCGGACUUUCCUCCAGCGUCUGCGUUCUUGUCCUCACUCACUUAUCUGUUUACAUUGUGACUCUAUGUAUUAUUCCUUUUUGGAGGUUUUGCAUCUCACAUGAGCCGUCUGUUUACGUCAAAUCCUCUGUGGGUUUGCCUCUCUCUGUGUGUCUCUCCCCUGUCCCUCCUCCUUGGGCUAAAUCCCAGGAUAUUUUCCCACCCGAAUGUCCUACCCAUGUUGGGAGGAUGUCAGUCUCCUCCCGCCCCUCACCCCAUCAUCAUCACACACUGGAUGCCUUAUGGCUCCCUCUACAAUGUGCUGCAUGAAGGCACCAGUGAGUACUCCUCCUCUGGUCACAAAAACCACACUUGUCUCGUUUUAUGAUGGGUUUAUUGUGAUUUUCUGAUUUACCGCACAGGUGCACUUGUCAUUAAGCUGUCACUUUUUGUAUGUCUGCAUUUUCAUUGUCAUUGUUUUGUGUGCUGGGACUAAAGAAUGUCUGAAAUCUUGUAUUAUUUGUCCCUCAUCAUGUGGCUAGACUUUGUAGUGGACCAGACACAGGCGGUUAAGUUUGCGCUGGACAUAGCCUGUGGGAUGGCUUUCUUACACACACUUGAACCCAUGAUCCCUCGCCACUAUCUCAACAGCAAGAGUGUUAUGGUAAGGAGUUUAGACAUCAUUUUUUGAGUCAAACUGUAUCAUGUUGUAUUGAUAUGAUGAUGUAUCGAAGGAUUGGAAGAGACGUCUGCUAAAAUUUCACAUCCCUUGUUUUCCACAGAUAGACGAGGACAUGACAGCCAGGAUCAGCAUGGCCGACGUCAAGUUCUCCUUCCAGUGUCCCGGCAGGAUGUACUCGCCUGCAUGGGUGGCCCCUGAGGGUAGGCGUCACUCAAACAGCGCAGAUCUAAAGUGACAGCUGAAGCCACAAAAGCUGGAGCGUGAAUGAUGGAUGCAGGGGACUCCAGACUCUCUCAGAGCUAAAUUUAAUCUGCAGCUGAUUUCCAGGGAGAUAAGUGGGGGAAUGUGAGCGUGUUUGAAACGUAAAUAGAUUUAUAAAAUGUGAAAAUAAACAGGGGACCUUUGAUGGUACAGAAACAGGAACUCGCAGAGGAGGUUAGAGGUUUACACUGCAGUGUGUGGAGCGUGCUGGCGGCUGAUGCGUAGGAUGCAGGGGAGUUGUUGCAGACAGUUACCAUAGAAACAAGCUUGUAGCAUACAUGCUGCGGGUAGUGAGCCAUGGAAUUGGAACACAUGGAGGGCUACCUAUGUACUCUAUAUUCAGUUUCGUUUAGCUACAGAGAGGCUGCAGGGUUGUAAAGUGUGCUCUGUGGUUGAUAAGCUGUUAUGAUUAUUUCCACAUUAUUAGCUUAUAUGAUACAGACUUUAAGUUAUAGCUAAGCUGAAAGAACUGUUUAUGAACAGGUAUAUGGAAGAGGAAGUGUGUCAUGAGUAAGAGCGAAGGGGUAAAUAAAUAAACAAUAAAAAUUAUGUUGAAAUAUAUUAGUAUUUUGCUAUAUUGUGUAUGGAUAUGGUUUUUUUUUGUAUGUAGAUGGCAUUUUUCUAUUUAUUUUAUUUCUUUGCACACAUGUUCAAAAUAAAUAAAUUCAUUCAUUCAAAACAGUCUGGCUUCAAAGCAUAAGCAAGAUUUAGAUAAUGCAAUAAUAUUUCAAACCCAUAUCCACUGUAUUUCUGUAUAUCUCAGAUGAACAUGUACAAAGCAUGUCUUAUGGCUGUGUCUUUAUUUGUUGCUGUUUGUGUUUUCCAGCUCUGCAGAAGAAGCCAGAGGAGAUAAACCGUCGCUCUGCAGACAUGUGGAGCUUCGCUAUCCUGCUGUGGGAGCUGGUGACCAGAGAGGUGCCUUUUGCUGACCUGUCCAACAUGGAAAUAGGCAUGAAGGUUUGUAGAGCCAAGUUUCACUCCACCUGAGUAGCAGAUGUUCACAGAUAUCAGUGCUGUUACAAAGAGCUUUAAGGCAUGGAGGUAUAUACAGUAUCUUCUACAGCACCAAAUGUCUCUGUUUGUUUUGACCCUCAGGUUGCCUUGGAGGGCCUGAGGCCCACUAUCCCCCCCGGCAUUUCUCCCCACAUUUGCAAGCUCAUGAAGAUAUGCAUGAACGAAGAUCCAGCGAAGAGGCCGAAGUUUGACAUGAUAGUGCCAAUUCUGGAAAAGAUGCAGGACAAGUGAAAAAAAGAAAGUCUCUGCUCUACUGUACUGAACUAAAUCUCUUACCCCUGAUGGUGGUGUGGUGCUUACCAGUAUUGCCUUAAACUCUUACUCUCCCGCUGCAUUCAACGCCACUGUAGCUUCUGAGUUUAAUUCAGCAGCAGUCACUUCUUUUAUAUUCUGUUUUUUUUUUUUUCAAUGUAAUGUAAAGUUUUUAUUUGUGUUUUCAUCUUUGUCACUGAUCUGCUGUUAGUGCCUGCACAGGGGCUUGAUGUCAAACCUGAAAUCACACGGACUGAGUACAAUCUUCUCCAAACUUUUAGACCGAAUAACCUUUGGAGGUCAGCAUGACAGCCUGCCGCUCUGCUUCAGUGGAUGAGAGGCCUUAUGUUUUACUGGAGUGGGCUCACUAUGAAAAGAUCAUGCUGUAGGGAAGAGAGCUCCCUCUAAACAGCGCCCCCUGUUCUAACUCCGACAUGUUAACUCCAUGCUUGUUUUGUGGAAUAAUGUUUGUGAACUGUAUGCAGCAGGGCAAGCACGACAGAUGUCUGAAGCCAAGCAUUUAACUGUAAAGUUUAUGAUAGUGUAUAUGUGAAGAGAGGUGCCAAUGUGAGUACUCAGCAGUGUUGUAUCUUUCGGCUUGGCUGUGUAGUGAUGUGUAGAGCUUUCGCAUAAGUGUCUGUGCAACCUGCUGACAACGCUGGCCCCCCGAAACGUUUUAUCUCUGCUGUCAGUGUGAAAAGUCAAAGUUGUUCAAAGCAAUUUUGGGACUGUGUCUUUCAGAACAGCUUGCAAGAUCGCAAAUGUUCUGUUGUUAGUUUUUAUGAUGCCAUAUUAUUAACUAGAUUACUCAAGUCUUUAACUGUUAUCUAUUCUUUCCCCUUAAAUAUCUGUAACACAUUUCUUAUUUUUAAUUCUGUUAGCUGUACUGUACAUCAAGGGAGCAGUCAGUUUGUUUCAGGAUGUCCAGAGGUGAAAUUACAUUUACUGGCAAUCUGAAUAAUGAAUUUUACUUUGUUUUCCUCGCAGAGUCAGUAGUGAGUACUGCAAACUACACUGUAACUUAUUCAUGGGUAUCAGAGGUACAGUUAUAGUAAUGUCGUUUUUCAACAUGGGGAAUGCUUUCCUCAUAAAUUUAUGGCUGCAUGAGUAGCUUCCUGCCAACAAAAAGGUGACUGGGACAUUAAGGGCUGAUAUUAACAUCACGCAUGUUGUCAUGUGUUUUUCGUAUGUUUCUUAUUUUGUUCCUCUCGAUCAAUUCUGACUUUCUAUCUGUCUCAUGGGUCGUUUCUCCUCACUGCAUUGUUUUCUGUGCCUCCACCAGCUUGCUUGUUUGUGCUGAAUCACAGAUUGAAGCCAAAUCAAGAAUGACUUAUACAAAUGUAUGUAUUUAUAUAUAAGUAUAUUAAACAGGAAAGAUAUGGGCAAUGGGAACCUUUGAUAUUAUUGUGUAAUAUUUC